UCCCGGGCGCGCCGCGGCGGGGCGGGGCCUUCUGGCAGUUUCUGGGCGCUGCGAACGCGCCUUUCCAGCGCUCGGCGGCCGGAAACGCCGGCUUCGGAGCCGCAGCGCCUUGGCCUCUCCGUGUUUUCCACCCAGUCUGCGCCGCCCGCGCCGCCAUGGCCAAGUGGGGCCAGGGGGACCCGCGCUGGAUCGUGGAGGAGCGGGAGGACGGGACCAACGUGAACAACUGGCAUUGGAUGGAGCGGGAUGCUACCAGCUGGUCCAAAGGGAAGUUCCAGGAGCUCCUGGUGGGCAUCGUUGUGGAGAAUGACGCUGGCCGUGGCGAGAUCAGCAAGUUGAAGCAGGUGGAAGGGGAGGCUUCGUGCAGUAGUCGCAAAGGAAAGCUGAUUUUCUUCUAUGAGUGGUAUAUCAAACUGGGCUGGAAAGGCAUCGUUAAAGAAUCUGGAGUGAAGCAUAAGGGAUUGAUUGAAAUACCCAAUCUUUCUGAGGAAAAUGAAGUAGAUGACACUGAGGUGAACGUGAGUAAAAAGAAAGGAGAUGGGGAUAUACUGAAGGAUCUUAUGAAAACUGCAGGCACCGCCAAGGUCAGGCAGGCCCUUGGAGAUUACCUGAAGGCACUUAAGACGGAAUUUACAACGGGAAUGAUUUUACCAACGAAAGCUAUGGCAACCCAGGAAUUGACUGUCAAAAGAAAACCGAGUGAGAAUACCCUGCAGGUUCAGGCCUCAUCUCCAGUGCCACUGGGUGUAAGGAUUCCCACUGUGGCUCUUCACAUGAUGGAACUGUUUGACACAACUGUAGAGCAGCUGUAUAGCAUCUUCACUGUGAAGGAUUUGGUGCAAAAGUUUUCUAAAUCUACUGCUGUAUUAGAAGCUGAAAAGGGAGGGAAAUUCCAGAUGUUUGAUGGGAACAUCACUGGUGAAUAUCUGGAAUUGUUAACAAAUAAGAAAAUCGUCAUGAAAUGGAGAUGUAGGAACUGGCCAGAAGAACACUAUGCCACGGUUGCACUGAAUUUUGUGCCUACUCUAGGGCAAACAGAAUUACAAUUGGAGUGUAAAGGAGUCCCUGUCUGUAAAGAAGAGAACGUGAAAUUCUGUUGGCAGAAGCAGCAUUUUGAAGAAAUAAAAGGUUUACUGCAGCUGACCCCCCUAAAUGGUUGAAUUAAAAUUUUAUAAGGCAUUACUUUUUGUACGCAGAAGUGUCACAUUGACCCUCUUCGCUAUGUACCUUUUUUUUAAAAAAGGACCAUCUUUAUUUUAUAUUGGAUGAAAUCUGUGAACGUAUACACAAUUUAAAGCAUUGACUCUUUAUUAUAACUAGACACUGCAUUGAGUUAAAAGUAGCAAACAACCUGAAAUUAGGUAUUAACCUGACCUUCCAUAGCUAUUCCUCUAGAAAUAGGUCAGUCAGUCCCGAGUGUAGAUAGUUGGUUUCCCAAACUGAAGCUUGUCCUACAGCAAGCUUGCUUGCAGCUGUACUUUUGGUUCAACAUGACAAAAAAUAAAUGGCAGGUUGACACU